AAUAUCAGUAAGGGCAUGUCCCCAUAACACUUGUCCCCGCUAAUCUAAUCUAAGAUCUUGUAUCGGUCAUUGUAUCGCCAUUAUGUGAUGUUUAUGGGGCGUAACAGUAAAACCCAUUAUGUACACACAGUUCACGUGCUACCCACAUCAUAGCUUGAUGACGCGACCUCUAAUUAUAGAAUGCAGUAAAACCAAGAGUUUUGUACUCCUCAUACAAGUCUGUCCUCAAACCGCGGGUAAAAUAAUUAUCACUUUCCCUCCUAAGAUCGUUAUUUAAAGUGAUAAUAUCCUACGGACACGGUCCCGAAUCACAGAAAAACCGAAAGCAAAACAAUCGUUUGAUAACCAACUUCAAGGAAAUAUUGAAAUCGAAACAUCAAUUGAACAACUGGAUCCCCGUAUAUGGACGUGUGAUAUUUUGUGAAAAAGUCAAAAUAGUAUAUAUCAUUAACUGUCUGAAUACAGUCGAUUGAUGGAGAAAUUCAAAUCCUUCAAAGCAGCCAAGACUUACUUCUCGGAUACAUGGGCACCAGAGCGAAAACGGGUCAUUACAGAAUUAACAAGUAUCAAAGACGAAGUCCAGAGACAGGCGAAGAUUCAUUCUAUUGGAUCUAUUAUGUAUUCAAGUGUCGGUCUUGUCGGUGGGGGCCUGGCAAUAGCUGGAAUCGUGACGGCUCCAUUCACCUUCGGAGUUUCUCUGGGAUUAACGGUAGCUGGUAUUGUUACAGGAGUGACAUCUGGUGUUGCAGGAGUUGCUCAUGGGGUUGUCAAAUUUGGAAUCGUCAAAAGUAAAUGUAAUGAAGCGAAAACGAGUCUGGAAAAUCACAACACAUCCUCUAAGAAAAUGAAACGUUUAGUAGGAAAACUGAUGAAGGAGGUCGAUGAAUUCAAGCUGAAAAUAAAAGGAAAGAACGAAUUUGAAAUUUCUCAGAUAUGGGAUGGAAUGAAGCGUACUGGAAGUGCAAUGAUGCUUGCGAGAGGAAUAUCAGAGUUAGUGAUAAACUCCAGAGCUGCUGAUGUGUAUAGAAUAGCCGGAAAUACAGAUGAGGUUGCCAGAAUUUUAAGUCUUAGUAGUGAAUUGGGCGACUUGGUACCCUCGGCAAUGAAGGAUGUCUCUAAAGGCGCCGCCAAACUGUCAGCUGAGGCACUGAGCGUUCUUGUCGCUAUUGGAAUUGUUAUCGAUCUUGGAUCACUGAUUUACAAUGCAGUCGAUUUGUCAAAAAUGGAAAAAGGAAAGCUCUGUAGCGAAGCCGAGAAACUUGAGAAGGUUAUCAAAAAUUUGCAAGAAGAAUAUGAUGUUUUAAGCAAAUGUUUUGAUUGAUUUUUUAAUGAUCUUAUUAUAGAAGUCCAUUGUUCUAGUUUUGGGGUAAAAUACAAUGUAAUCCGCAGUGGCCCAUCCAUUAGAAAGACAUUUAAUUCAUGUACAAACAACGUAUAUAUGUUCAAUAUGAUGAUUUAACACGUUUACUCCUCUAUCCAGUGGAGAUCACCGAUCACAUCAAUUUUAAUUAUUACACUUUGCUUUCCUAAACCGUUUGUGACAUCACAAAGAAGCGUCAAUUUUACGUAGUUUGUUUAUAAAAUGUCUGGAAGCAAAGGUUCCAACAAUACACUAACGUAAAUUAAUAGGCGGAGGAUUAAGAUCUGAUAAAAAGAAUAUCCCAUGAUUUGUGGUUUGAUAUCAUUUAUAUCCAACUCCUUGUGUGAUUUCUAUCCCCGAGCCUUGAAACGAUACCCUAUAUACAUAGAUAUGUAGACUAUAUAAAGAUAUUUUAGGAUGUCAAUUUCAGAAAUAAAGAAAACGUUGUUUUGGUUGGAGUCAUAUAUUUCAGUGUUCACGUUUGUGUCCCUGAUCUGUUUAUCUUGAGGGACUGUUCAAUGUAAGUCUAUCAUCUUAUUACAAUGCAUACAAAUAAAUUUAUUAUAUACACAG